AUGGAAAACCAAAAUAACAUGAACAAUUCAUACUAUAAAAAUAAAAAAGAUGAAGAAGAAAAUGAAAACUUCAAUAUGAACAAUGAGGAUGAAAAAAAAGAAGAAAAUAGCUUUCAUCAGGUCACUAAUACUAAUAUAUAUGAAAAAAAUGUAUGUAUAAAUAAUAAUGAAAAUGAAGAUAAUAUUAUAAGAAAAUAUCUAAGUGAUCAAAUGACAAAGGUCAAUAUAAUAAAUAACAACCACAAUAUUGAUGAUAAUAAUAAUAAUAAUGGAGUCCAUAUUAAUCAAAUUACAAACAUUGAUGAUAGUGAUGAUGAUAUUCCUUUAUUAAAAACAUAUGGAAUUAAUCAUACUCUCAAAAAAAAAAAUGACAAUCAUUUUAAUAAUAAUAAUGAGGAGGAGGAGAAGAAGGAAACAAAACAGUCGCAGAUGCAGCAACAAGAAAAAAAUGGCAUAUUCUUAAACAAACAACAAUCUUCUGAUCCAUAUACAAAAUAUCCUAAUCAAGAUAAUCAAAUAGAAAAAUCUUCAUCAGAUACAAGCAGUGAUGAUGAUGUAUGUCUAUUAAAUUUAAUAAAAAAUGAUAAGAAUUAUAAUAACAAUAAUUAUAAUAAACAAAAUUAUUAUGACAAGAAAAAUAAUUUAAAAGAUAAUAAUAAUGAUGAUGAUAAUAAUACUUCAGACUACUCUAGCUAUGAUUCUGAUGAACCAAUACUUAUAAGAAGUAAUUUAAAAAAUAAAAUAAAUAUUCAAACAAAUAAAUUAGGCAAUACUAGUCAAUAUAGUAAUACUUUUACAAAUAGUAAUAAUACAUAUCAAACUAAUAAAAAGAAUAUAAUUAAUAAAACAACACUUGUAAAUAGUCAAGAAAAAAAAAUUAAAAAAUCGAAAAAUACAAAUGCAAAAACGAGUUUAUUAAAAAAUAGCCGUAACACAACUAAUAAAAAUACAAAGGCCAUAUCAAAAAAAAAAAAAACCAAAAAAAAAAAUAAAUCUAAAACAAAAAAAAAAACAAAUAAAGACAAAAAUAAAAAUAACAAUAAACAAAAUAAAGGAGAUAAUCAUUUUAAUGAUAAUGAAAAUGAUUCUAUUUGUAUAGGUACCUUUGAUCCAAGAAAUAGAUCAAAUAAAGAAAAAUUAGUAGCUCAAUUAUUAAUACGAUGGUGGUAUGUUUUACCAGACUGGCCUCCUCCAGAUUAUGAUUAUAAAGAUGAAUUAUAUAAUAGAAAAUUAAAAUUGGUUCCAUUAGAAGAAUAUGAAGAUAAAGAAGAUAUAGAUUCUGAAGGAUUUAGAAAGGUAUAUCAAAUAUCAGCUUUCCCAGGUAUUUUCAGAGAUGCCAUGGGUAUAGCAUACGACUUAAGAGAUAAAGAUUCAUGUCCUUGUUAUAAUAAUUUAAUAAAAAAAACAGAUGAAGAAUUAUUAAAUUUAAUAUACCAAGCUAUUCAAAAUCAAAUACAGUGUUUAAGAAAUUCAGUAUACAAUGAAACAUUCAUGCAAAAAAAUUUGGAAAAAGAGUUAAAAGAAGUCGAAUUAAAGUUAAAUAAAAUCACCAAAAAAAAAACAAUAAAAAUAUAG